AAGUGGAGGAUUUAGAUGGCUAUCAGAGAUUGCAAUAUAUACCUUCUCAGCACUUGGUCUGCCUGGGACUUCGUCUGCGUCUCUGAGAUCCAAACAAAUUUGUGUGUCUGCUUCAUUAAAACAACACCAGGAUCUUCGCUCACGAUGGCUGCUGAGAAAAGACUGUCUGCAAGACGUAAGCAUACUCUAAAAAGCUGUAUGCUGGUCGUGGCAAAUAAUUUGUUGGAUGCUGAAUCAACAGUGAAGGCUGAGGAGAGAGAGAAGUUCCUUGCAGAGAAAUGUCCUCCUCUGGAGCUGCCGUACUCCAAGGAUGAGCUCAUGGAACUUUGCAAGAAGCUCCAUGAGCAGAUUGACAUCAGUGAAGAGGAGAGAUACUGCAUUGAAUUUAAACUGAACAUGGUUCUGAAUGAGGUCAGAGACCUCAACAUAAAGAUUGUGGAUCUGAGGGGAAAGUUCAAGAGACCCCGUCUUAAGAAAGUUCGUAUGUCAGCUGACGCCAUGCUGAAAGCUCUGCUUGGCUCCAAACAUACAGUCAAUAUGGACCUGAGGGCCAACCUGAAGCAGGUCAAGAAGGAGGUGAAGGAGGAGGACAAGCAGUUGCGUGAUGUGGGAGACUGGCGUAAGAACAUUGAAGACAAGUCUGAUAGGAAGAAGAUGUUUGAUAGUUAAAUGUGAUCUGUGAUUAACUGUUGGGCUUUUCCGAUCAAAAUUCAGGUCUAAUAAAACUGAGGGGUUUUAUUCCAUAUUUCUGCAUAUCCACUGUAAACCUUUUCCUAAUGGAACAGAUGAGACAUGAGUGUGAAGGUGUGCUGGCCUUAAUCUGCUCAUUUGCUUCACAAGAUUUUGAAAAUGUUGAUAACAGACAGCAAAUGUUUUUUUAAACAAAUUAAUGAAAUGAGAGUAUUUUUUAUCCAAAGAAUCAGUUUAAUUACACAGUUUUUUUUCAUGUGAUCUGAGGUAGACAAGGCAGACUCCAGGCAGUUUUUUACUUUGGAACAAAACUCUUCAGUUGAAUCUAAGCUGACUUCUGCUUUGCCUGUAUUGCCUGUAUUGUAUUGUAAUGUAUUUGUAAUGUAUGUAGUGAUGUCAGUUAGUACAUGAGUGAUGAAUCAACCCUGAUUUUGAUCUUAGCAGGCUGACUUACGCUUCUGCAUCAUAAUAUUACAGCUAUACCCACCAUAUACCUUUCUCAAACCCAUACUGUAAGAAUCUGGGAUAUGUCAGACACAUUCAAACCAAAUUUUCAUUUUACUAAGCACCUUCCAGUGUAAACCUUUAGAUCACCACUACUGUGAACUGAUCUGUAUCAAAAAGUGAACAUGGAUGUUCAUCUAAAAUUUCACUUUCAUGUACUUUGGUGUGGUUUGAACAUUGUCUUACAUCUCUUUGGCAUUAAAGGAUGAAAAUCAAAUUAAUAUCACUUGAAUGUACUGAAGAUGUAAAUUUUUGUUCAGUGUGCAGGCAGACACCUUUUCUAAUAUGAAAAUACCUGCUACAGUUGUGUCACACAACUGUCACAUUGCUAACAGCUCCUCUGCUGCAGAAGUCUAGAUCAGCCUACUGUCUGUACUCAGUCAACAUCAUUUUAUCUUUUUAACUGUUUAAACUCUGAUAUGAUGUACUUUCCCGUUGCUGCCAAAUUAAAUACAAACACUUCAUGUUAA